AUGUGUGAUAUCUUUCUGUCUCACACGGGUUCGAACUUUAAGCCUAAUUUAGUCAAAUUGACACCGACGUCUGUUUCUCCAGACAACCAUCUUACCUCGACGGAUUAUGUGGUAACAGGGGACAUUUCAACAGAGGUAACAACAAGAGAACCGUAUACUGAAUCUACCACAGCAAGAGUAUUUCACAGUUCAGCAACCAUACAACCUGACUUAAUAUUGUCAAACGGCAGUGUUACAAAAUCUUCAAAAUCAACAGGAUCAAUGAUGAAAGAUUCGACAUUUAUGCGAUCAACAGAAGACCAGGUAUCAGUUACACAAGCGAUAGCAACAACUAGCAUUAUAAAUGGAACUACGGCAAGAGUAUUUAACACAAACGAAGCAACAGUACCUCACCCGACACAGACAACUGUAUCAAAAAUGCAUACAUUUACAGCUACUGAAACAAUAGCAACACCUAUAUUAAAAACAAACAAAACCACACAUAUUCAGCCAAAGGAAACAACAGUAUUAAAAACAACUGGAAUUCCAUCUACUGAACUUAAAGAAAUAAGCCAUAUGAAAUCAAUCGAAACUACUACACAGCCGACAAAAACAGCUGUAUUGAAUACGAAUGGAACUACACGCAAUGUGUCCACAGAACCAACUGAUUUCAACACAAAUAUAACUACAGCUACUCAGUCGACAGGAACAAAAACAAUCUUAACGAAUGAAACAACAGCUACUAUGCUAACAGAAACAACAAACAUCUUACCGAAUGAAACAACAGCUACUAUGUCGACAGAAACAACAAACAUCUUACCGAAUAAAACAACAGCUACUAUGACGACAGAAACAACAAACUUCUUACCGAAUGAAACAACAACUACUAUGUCGACAGAAACAACAAACUUCUUAACGAAUGGCACAACAACUUCUUUGUCGGCAGAAACAACAAACAUCUUAACAAACGGAACCACAACUUCUAUGUUAACAGAAACAACAAACAUCCUAACGAAUGAAACCUUAGCUACUAUGCCGAUUGGAACAACAAACACAACAAGAAAUGGAAUAAAACAUAAUACAAAAGACAAAGGAG